AUGUUUGGAAAAACAACGCUUGUAUCGAUAAUUGUCUUGUGUUUUGCGAUGUUGGGGAACUGUACGACUGUUAGUCCAUGCACAAAGGGUGGGAGUCUUGACCCUAUAAAGUCUAUCAAUAUAACUAACUGUGACGAGCCACCAUGCGAACUGAAACGUAAUACUGUGGUAACCAUUGAGGAGAAGUUUGUACCAGACAAAGAUAUUGAAUCACUCAGCACUUCUGCCUAUGCAAUAUCAUUUUUUUUGCGUAUUCCAUUCUCCAAAGUUAACGGUCGUGACGCAUGCGAGUAUAUUUACGAUGCUGAAGGAAAUGUUACUGGAUGUCCACUGAAAGCAGGAACCGAGUACUAUUAUAAAAGAGAAUUUCGUGUUCUGAAACGUUAUCCUGAGGUGUCGGGUACUGCUGAAUGGGCGCUGGUCGAAAACGGCACACCAAUCACUUGUUUCCAAGUCGAGUCAAAAAUAAUUCAUUAA